AUGAUAAACUUUAUACCCCCACUAUUUGUGAAGCCUAUACUAUACAUUGGUUUAGUUGUCGUUUUAAAAAAUGUUUUCUACAUCCUCUACGGGCUAUUAAAUUAUAUCAAGUGCAAAAUAUUUGCCAAAAAACUGAGAAGCUUUGGAGAUACAGUUAUUAUUACUGGAUGUACGGAUGGAAUUGGGAAAAGUUUGGCAUAUUCACUAAUCAACGAAAAUGUGAAUUUAUUGCUCAUUAGCAGAAAUGAGGAUGCACUAAAAAACAUGAAAAAUGAUUUACUUGAAAGAAAUAAGGAUUAUAAGGGGCAUAUCGACUAUGUAACAUUUGAUUAUAAUGAAAAUAAUUUCUCUUCUUAUAAAACAAUACAAGACAAGGUUGAAAAUUUGGAUGUUGGAAUUUUAAUUAACAAUGUUGGGGUUUCUUAUCCACACCCUUUGUAUUUCCAUGAAAUGGACAUUCAGCUGAUAGAACAGUUAGUGAACGUAAAUUUAUUAUCAUCCUAUUACAUGACAAAAUUGGUGCUUCCGGGAAUGAUGAGAAAAAAGGAAGGAUUAAUUUUAUACACGUCUAGCGGUGCAGCCACACUACAGUCUGCCCCUCUGUACACAAUUUAUGCAUCAGUUAAGGAAGCCAUCUGCUCAUUUGCCAAUUCAUUAAGUGCCGAACUGAAGGAACAUAACAUACAGGUGCAGUGUCACGUACCUCUAUUCAUUGUAACGAAGUUGUCAAAGGUAAGAAAAUCAAGUUUGUUUGUACCAACAGCAGAUGUAUACGCAGAAAGUGCCAUUAAAAAAAUGAAGGAAGGGAAUAUUAUUCCCUGUAAUGUUAUAACUUCACCGUAUUUAUUUCAUAAAAUACAAAUAUAUUUAUAUAAAACAAUUCCUAAAUUUCUCUUUGACACGAUGUCAAUGAUAACUCUUAAGUCCGUCAGGCAACGGGCAUUAAAAAAAAAAAUAAGAAAAGAAAAUUAA